AUGGCAGUCAGCCACCGGAUGCAGAUCAUAUACCGGAAGUUGUGUUUCGCGCUCUGUCUGUGUGGAUUUGUCACUGACCUUGUUGGCUUCCUGUUACCUAACUGGGUAAACUACAUUAUCGGAGGGUAUCGACAUUAUUAUGGAUUGUUUUCUACUUGUAUCGUGCGCAGUGAACAACAGGCAUGUGGAACGAUGGACCCAGGCGACAUGAACGAAACGUUUAUGGCCAGUCAAGCGUUUGGAAUACUUGGACUAAUCACGUACUUUUCCUGUGUUGUUUGUUGUUGUAUCGUCUUCUGCUGGCCACGCCCAUGGAAACGCCCACUGUUGUAUGCAGCGUCAGCGUUAGCCUUAGUAACGGCCGUGUUUACAAUGCUAACUCUAGUGUUGUUCUACACGAGUUAUCCACGUCAUGGGUCCAGACUGGAUUUCGGAUAUUACAUCGCCGUCGCUGGCUGCGUCCUGUCACCAUUCAUCGCAUUCUUUGCGUUCUAUAUCGCAAAAAUAACUUCUUUCCCUCCUGAAAAGUCAACACCUAUCGGAGGUCAAGAACUUUGCGUAAUCGAUCUAGAUUCAGUUAGUGUGACGUCAUCUCGUUCACUGGGAUAUGACAACUUAUCAUUGGACAUGCCAAUUAUUUUACGAGAAUUUACGAGCGACAAUUUUCUUCAAGUUCCCCCUGAGUUUCAGAAGUACACAAGAGAAGAGACGAAAGCUGGGCCAUCGUUUUUCUUUAACCAUCGUCCUAGUGAUGAAGUUAUACAAAAGGUUGAAAUAAGGAAUGCGCAGAAUCGGAAACAGCAAAGUCCUUCCUCUUCAAAGAAAGGGUCGGGAAUGCCGAGCCAGAUACAGCCAAGUCCUUCCUGUUCAAAGAAAGGGUUGAAAAUGCAGGGUCAAACACCACCAAGUCCUUCUUGUUCGCAAAAAGGGUUGGAAAUACAGAGACCGGUACAGCCUAGUCCUUCCUGUUCACAGAAAGGGUUGAAACUGGUACAACCAAGUCCUUUCGGUUCACGGAAUGAAUUGAAUCGUUACGAUUCUAUGGACGAGUUGAACCUUUUCGAUUCACAAUUUAGAUUGGGUGAAGAAAAUCAGAUGCUUUCAAACUCCUGUGGAUCACGGUACGGCUCGCAAUUGACCGUUACACAUUUGGGCACAGAGGUGGACACCUCUAGAUGCACGACUCCAGUCGAGAACGUGGAAAUCGCUACGUCCUCAGUUUAA